AUGCAGCCGUCUGGCGCCUUCACCUGUUAUCACCAUGAAGUUCCAAAGCCCCGUCGCAGUCUUUCUCCCUUUCCUCGCCGGCGCAUACGCCUCCGUCGACGACCAGCUCCCCAUGGCGGACACCCAUCAUCAAACUCGUUUGAACCCCUUACCUCCUCGAAACCAACUUUAGCCGACCUGCUGACAAUUGAAUCUUCUGCGUCCAUAUUUUACUCAUACGCACGCGAACUCGAAUUGUGCGCGAUCUUCUCUGAUGAGGGCGUCAACAGCACGCUGCUCGUUCCAACGAACAAGGCCGUUAUGGCACUACAUCGGAAACCGCAUCAAGGACCUGAAACGGUUAGCGGCGACGUGACGAUAUCCGAAGAGGAGUUUGAUAGUAUAUCGAAGAGGAACGUCGAGAAAUGGAUCUCGGCUCAUAUCAUACCAGAAUCGCCUAUUACGCUGGAAUCGAAGACUUAUCCUACACUUCUGCACCGAAAGACCGUGUCGUUCACAGCUCUUCCGAAAUCGGACCCGAAAGCAGCUGAGUGGACUCGGGUACUCGUAAACGGCGACGUUCAUAUCAUCGGGAUGAAAGAGUUAUCAUUGCCCAAUCUUUGGCGAAAGCAAAGUCGACAAGAUGACGCCUCCAGCAUCGCCGCAAGCUCGAUCGAUAAUGAGUACGAGACAGCGCAGGCCGAGGGCAUGGACUUCGAGCUUGUACGACCCAGCUUCAGCCACCUUCAUUCCGCAAGAACCAGCGAAGAUUCGUCUUUCGUGAAGGACGGAGGGCAAAGGGAGCUCCGGUGGAUUGCGCUGAUGUCGUCCGUACCUGCUUCGCAAGCGAGGAAGAAUAAGAAGGUGAAGAAGCUUCUAGUAGAGGGUGUCCCGUCCUCCGUGAGGUAUCUGGUGCGGAUCCAUCUGACGGACGGGAAGGCAAAGAAUGUGCCGAAGGUAUAUGAGCAGUUGGUGAAGAGGGGGCAUGUACCGAGCUACAAGGAGAUCGAAAGGGACGUGCAAGCGUAUAUUCGAGAGAACUCCCAACCCCCCACGAUGAGGGAGUCCAUGAUGUCGUUACUCGAAGCGUACUUGACCAUGGUUCCAGAUGUGCAAUAUAGUCGAGGUCUAACCUUGAUUGUCGGGAAUAUCCCGUUGUUGGCACCUGAGGAAGACAGAUUUUGGACGUUCGUUUUCCCUGAUGGACUCGUAUCUUCGGCCCUAUUUCUCCUCGAGCAGUUCACAGAUGGAGGUUGA